CUGAUGCGUUCCAUCGUCUCGUUUCAAAACAUGGCGGCAAAGGAUUUGACAGUUACAGAGGAAUGGAUACGUGAGAAACUACAAUUACACCACAAAGUUUUAGCUGAUGUCCGAACACUGUGCCUGCCUGGUAACAUCGAGGGGAAAAUAAGUAAUUUAGGAAUAUCGCUGAAGAAGUUCGUGCGAUUGAAGACAUUAGACUUGUCUUACAAUGCGCUUGUCUCGGUGUCAGGUCUUGAGCACCUGAAAGUGCUGGAAAGGCUGAAUUUGUACUUCAACAAGAUAUCAGCCUUUCAAGAGGUCAUGACCCUGUCCAAACUGAAGAGCCUAAGAGAGCUGGACCUGAGACUCAACCCUCUGGUCAAGAAGCACCCAGAAUACCGCCUGCACUUGGUGCAUGCACUCUGCCAAUUGCGGAAACUUGAUGACUGCCCAGUAAGGGAUCGAGAGCGUAAAGCUGCCAUCAUGCAUUUCACCUCUGAUGUGGAGCUGGAGCACAAGCAGAAAACCAGUUGCAUCAACAGCCUCUCAGACCAAAGGAGCAGUGAUCUGAGAAUGGCAGCAUUUUACAGGCUGACCAAAAGUCUGGCUCUGCCGGAUGGCAAUGAGGAGGCUGCAGUGAACCACAUCAACCGCAGGAACCGGGCUCAGGUGACGACUCAGCCAGACGCACAGACAGAACCGCAGUCUUCUCUGGCGCAGGAAAUACCUGAUGAAGUCAUAUACUUGGUCAAUGAUUAUGAUUCUGACUCCUUCCUUCAAACACAGGAUGGUGUAAAGCCAGCCUUCAGACAUGCACAGUGUGUUGAUGCCUCUCGUGUCCAGCCAAGCAUUCAGCCACGCAGAAAAGGGUCUCUGACCAAUGGUGGACCUUUAGGGCUUGCCAGUAAUAGACCCAGAGUGACUUUUGCAGACGGCUAUGUCAAGGGAUCCCACAGCAUACACCCAGUGCCGGCUACCCAUGGGACGAAGCCGUCGCAGCUCAGAAUCCCAGCUACGGCAGUGUUCACACCGGACCCCAGAAUCACCUUGCCUUCUAGAAACGUCUAUGUAGGAGAUGGUCAGCUGGCCUCCACACAGCAUGCAUCCCCACCCAGUCCUGCGAGGCAGAGCAGUCUGGACGUUGGCGACCUCUCUCCCCAGGCACACCGCCUGUCCAGCAGGAGGGCGGAGGACGAGGCCUGCCCUGAGCAAGAGGCCGCCAGACCACAGAGGGAUAGCUACAGGAAGCCCCUUGACCUGCUGCUCAGCAUGGUGCACGAGCACUGGACCACUGGCAAUAGUGACCCACAACACUAUAAGACAUUCUUCACGCGGGCCGUGCAGGUGCUGUCCCUGAUGGAGCGGGAGCUGGCGGGCAGGGACAAGGAGGCGCAGACUCUCAGCGAGGAGGUGCAGGCCCUUAAUGCCCAGGCUGUGGCUCGGGAGGAAAGGCACAGAUUUGAGAUUCAGGAGCUCUCCAUCCAGCUAGAGAAAGCACACAACUCCGUUGAGAGCCUCGAUGAGCAGCUGAGGAAUGUGUUGGAGGAGAACGUGUGUCUGCAGAAACAGCUCAUAAACCUCGAGCAGAGCAUCUUAUCAUCCAGAAUUACCAAAUUAACCAGCGCCAGCGAUAACGGUCAUUUCAGGGGAAAUAAUCAGGUUGUUUCAAAUGUGAGGCUGUUGAUGGCCUCUCCUGUGCAUCUCUGAGAGGCUGAAGCAGAAGUCACCCUCCUGCCUGACUGCAGAAACUCACAUUGUGACCUUUAAACCCACAAGUGCCUUUAUUUUUCCAAUGUGCUAGAAGGAGAUUGCAUGUUCAAAACUGGAUUGCAUGUGGUCUAUGGGAUAAGGACUGAUGAGUUAUGAACUUGUCUUCUGUGUUGAUGCUGUGAGUCAGUUAAGUUCUCCUAGACAACUGUAGUGCAAUGGAAUAUUUAUUGGUAUUUAUUUUCUGAGAGGUGGUUAUGUAGUGGAUGAUCUUUUGUAGCUUUCCUUUAUUUUUUGCCCUUUUAAAUUGUACUGGAUGAGACCACCACCAACCUGGCAUGGCUUUGAUUCAGGUGAUGGGGUUGGGGGUAUCCUCAUUAAGCCCUGUCAUGGUGUUUUAAGCACAUAUGGAUUGCAGACUUUAAUGUAACUUUGGAUGUUAACACUUGACCCAGUGGGGUAUUUUGAAUAUACAAGUAAUACUUUU